CGGCGGGAAGCUAUGGAGGCUGGCGGUUUUCCGGAGGCCGGGCUCGGCGCUGAGCUGGGCAAUGACGAUGACGAUGACGAAGACGAAGGCGUGCCCGAGACCAAGAAGCGGAGGCUGCAGUGCGCCGAGUUCGCGAAGGUGGCCGGGUGCGACUCCGCCGUGGCGCAGUGCUACCUGGCCGAGAACGACUGGGAGAUGGAGAGAGCAAUCAACUCUUACUUCGAGCCUCCGGUGGACGAGAGCGCCCUGAAAGGCUCUUCCGGGAGCCCCCAGCAGGCCGAGACUGUUGACCUGACCAGUGAAGAAACAACGGAAGUCGGUAAUUCUCAAACCAACUCAUCUGAAAAGACGGAGGAGGAGGAUGCCAGCACAUUCUCUGUCAUCACCUGGAACGUUGAUGGGCUGGACCUCAACAAUCUGCAAGAGAGGGCUCGAGGGGUCUGCUCAUACUUAGUUUUGUACAACCCAGAUGUGAUAUUUCUACAGGAAGUUAUUCCCCCAUAUUUAAGCUACCUAAGGAAGAGAGCAAAAACUUAUGAAAUUAUUACAGGUAAUGACCAGGGAUAUUUCACAGCUAUAAUGUUGAAGAAAUCAAGAGUGAAAUUUAAAAGCCAAGAGAUCAUUCCUUUUCCAGAUACAAAAAUGAUGAGAAAUCUUUUGUGUGUGCAUGUGAGCAUUCUGGGAAAUGAACUUUGCCUUAUGACCUCCCAUUUGGAGAGCACCAGAGGGCAUGGCCAGGAGCGAAUGAAUCAAUUUCAAGUGGUUCUGAAGAAAAUACAAGAGGCUCCCGAGGGAACAACCGUUAUCUUUGCAGGAGAUACGAAUUUAAGGGAUCAAGAGGUUGCCAAGUGUGGUGGUUUACCUGGCAACAUUUUGGAUGUCUGGGAGUUUCUGGGCAAACCUAAGCAUUGCCAAUAUACGUGGGACACACGCAUGAACUCGAAUCUCGGAAUAGCCGCUGCUUGUAGGCUUCGUUUCGACCGGAUAUUUUUCCGAGCAGCUUCAGAAAGUGGCCAUGUUAGUCCUCAAAGCUUGGACCUCGUAGGGCUGGAGAAACUUGACUGUGGCCGAUUCCCUAGCGACCACUGGGGUCUUCUCUGUAAUUUCGAUGUCAUCCUGUGAAAGGCUUUUCAGGCCAAGAGUUGUAAAAUUUUCCGCGUUGUUUUCUAUGGAAUUUAACCAAUUUUUACUUGAUUGGAAGAGUAAGUCUGAUGUGGAAGAAUGAAUAUACUGGAUCAUAGUUUCCUAAAACUGUCGUUUUAUUAUGAGGUUCGAUUGUAUCCUCAGCUUCUAGGACUACAUAAUAAUGGUUUUUGAAAGCAUUCCUGUUAGGAAGAGGAGGUUCCAAAUGAUGGGACACAGAUCAACAGCUUUUUGGGGUGAGCCUAAGUGAUUGUGCCCAAAGUGGGAGCACCACAGCCAAGUCCGAGACAGCCAGUAUCACAGCCUGAGCAGUCAGGGCAAAGGGAAGUCUUCGAGGUUGUCCUUUGCACGAGAUCCAUGUUCUGUAAUAAAGACUCGUCUCUAGUCUU